AUGACGCGCAACGGAAACGGUAGCAGUCACAAAGAAACUCCCAUGGCAGCAGCGACAGCUUCGUUGGCAACGCUCACACUGGAAGAGGCCGACCUCUCGGUUCCUGAAAUCCCAGACGAUACACAGGAUAGACUCAUCGUGGGUGUUGACUUCGGCACCACUUACUCUGGUGUAGCCGCAGCUUACAGUGCCACUCCUGACGACAUAGACAUCAUCAAGUCAUGGCCUGGGGGCAAUGGCAUAACAUCUGACAAGGUCCCGACCGAGAUCGCGUAUACCACGACCGAUGCACCAGUGAACGGCGAGAAUGAUGGCGGGCAACAAGAUGGCGACAAUGUACAGAUUCGAUGGGGAUUUCAGUUCAAGCCGGAGGAGAGUCGUCUUCGCUGCAUAAAGCUGUUCCUCGACCGAAACCAGAGACUACCACACUUCGUCAGCCCACUCGAAACGGCAGCACUUCUUCGAAAGAGCGAUCGAACAGUCUUCAAUGCGGUCACGGACUACCUGACCAAGAUCUACGAGCAUACGAUGGAGACAUUGACGAGAAGAUAUGGUGAAGGGUUCAUGAGUUCUACGACAGUGUCGUUCGUCCUUACAGUGCCUGCAGUCUGGUCAGAUGCGGCCAAGAACUCAACACUGCAGGCAGCCGAAAAAGCUGGCAUGGGCGACAGACACGACUUGCGACUCAUAUCCGAGCCGGAAGCGGCUGCUGUGUACACACUGAAGAGCAUGCAGCCGAGCAGCCUCAAAGUGGGAGAGAACUACAUUGUCUGCGAUGCAGGGGGAGGUACGGUAGAUCUGAUAGCAUACAAGAUCACGCAUGCUGCUCCUCUUCGCAUUGAGGAAAGUAACGUCGGCUCGGGCGGGCUUUGCGGAUCUGCAAUGCUGAAUUAUCGCUUCGAGGAUGCGGUGCGACAACGCAUCGGGCAAGAGCGCUACGAUAACAUGCGAGAAAAGAAGCCGAAGACGUGGCAGAUGGGUCUCAAGUACUUUGAAGAGUUCAUCAAGCGUAACUUUAACGAAGAAGAGCACGGUGAAGUUAAUGUGCCAUUCCCUGGUCUGCCCGAUGAUGAAGAUGCUGGUCUCGAAAGUGGAUUUCUGGUCAUGACAGCUGAGCAGGUCAAGAACAUCUUUGAUCCCAUUAUCGCGGAUUGUAUUGAGCUUGUGGAAGGUCAAGUCAAUGCUAUUCGGGAUAACGGUGGCACCGUUUCUGGCAUCAUCCUUGUGGGAGGCUUCGGGCAGAGCAACUACUUGUACAAGAAGCUCAAGGAGCAUUUCAACCAGAAUCCGCCACCGCAGUAUACCGAGAAACCGACUCAUGAGGCUGCGAAGGCGCUGCAGACGGCUGUUGAAGUGCUGCAGCCUUUGCAUGCAUGGACGGCCGUUGUGAGAGGAGCUGUUAUCCGUGGUCUCGAGGGGAGUCUGGUUGAGAAGCGUCAAGCGCGAUUCCACUAUGGCACAAGCUAUGCGACUGUUUACGACGAGAACAAGCAUCCCGCCACCGAUCGUUACUGGUCGCCGCUAUGGGAGAAAUGGAUGGUCUCCGAUCGCAUGCAAUGGCACAUCGCCAAGGGCACGUCUAUUGCCCCCGAGACACCCAUAUCAUUCCACUACACACGCAAUUUCCGCCCAGGACAGUCCCUCGUGGUAGAAGACGAGUUGAUCGCUUGCGAUUUUGACGAAGCUCCAGACGCGUACAACAAGAGUUUGCGCAGUCUCUGUACGCUUACAACAGAUCUUUCGGCCGUCCCGCCUGGACUUUUCACGAGAUUAACAACAACGAAAGGCGUCGAGUUCAUGAACCUGGAUUUCGAGCUGCGGAUGUACAUUGAGACCGGACUGGUGUUUGAAUUGAGGGUGGACGGGGUCAAGUAUGGGAGUGUACAGGCGGAGUUUCACUGA